AUGGCACAUUCUCAGAGUAACCGCUUCAAAAAGGCUGAAGAUCACCCUGAUGUUUCUUAUCUAAAAUCAGAUGCUGUUGGAAAGGUUCUCUCAAAAGCUUUAGGACAGCUCUAUAAGCAUCAGCCAAGUAACCCUUUGCAUUUUCUUGGCAAUUGGCUGAUUAAUUAUGCCUCAUUAACCAAAAACAAAGAAAUUUCUAUCUUCCUCACUAGAAUGUUUUUUUUAAAAUUUUAUUUUUUAUCAUUUUUUAGAUAAAUUAAAAAAAAUGUCUGCUAUAAAGAGUAAAAAGAAAGCAGAAGAAACUAUCCGCCUAAAGCAAAAAUACGAAAACGCCAUCCAAGACAUGAUAAAACAGCAAGAAAAAUCUGCAGAAGAAGCAGCCAAAAAAUUUCAAAAAGAAAACGACUUUCGAACAAAAAUAGAAAGCACUUUAGACGUUGACGAUCUUUUAACAGAAUUCGCAAACCACCUAAAAGAAGAACUUGAUUGCACAGGCGUUUACAUCGGAAUUUUAGAAAAAAUAAAAAGGCCAAUCACAGAUUUAGAUGGAGAAUUCGCUCAUGUUGAUGAUUCUGCCCCAGAUCAUAUUCGAUAUAUAGCAGCUUCAGCCGGCCACGAAUUUAUGAUAGAUAAAACUCUUAAAGAAGAUGAAGGAGAAAUUACUUACAGCAUCUGGAAAGAAGAAGAAGCCGAAGUCGAUAAGCCAGAAAGUGAAGAUGGAGACCAUGAAAAAGUUGUCGAAAAAAAGGCAAAAUUCGCAUAUGUCCCUGAUGUCGUCAAUAAUCCAAAAAUUAAGUUUUUUGACGUACCGAAACUUGGAGCCUAUUUUGCAACUCCACUUACCUAUAAAAGUUGUUUAUCAGAAAGCAGCUUUGAUACAGCAGUCGAUGACGCCUUAGAUUGCAGGCGAAGGAGAGCAGACCAAGAAUUAGAAAGAGAAAAAAAAUCAGAAGACAAUAAAACUUAUAGAGAAGGCGAAGAAAAUCCAGAGGAAGAAGAAAAAGUCUGGGAAGACAUACAAGAAGCUCCUUAUGUCACAACUGAUAUAAAGCUUGUUGUAUGUGUCGAUACUAUGGGCAAGGACUGCGAAAUUUCUGAAGAAAAAAGAAAUUACGUCAUACAAUGGGUAGAAUUUUUUAAAUCACAAUGGGAAAGGGCUGAAGACGAAAGUCUUAGACAUGAUGUGAGCGUCUAUAUGAAGCAGCAUGAUUUAGACUUGCAAAAUCUACAAGAUAAGCAAGGAGAAUGGGUGGAAAAUGAAAGGGUGGCUAUUGAUGAAAGACUUGCAGACCUUGAGGCUGGAGCUUCUGAGGAAACAAAAGAGCUUGAAACUGCAAUUGUUUUGCUUAACUUGUAUAGAGACCGAUUAUUAGAAAAAUACGUUGUUGACCAGUUUUAUUCUUAUAAAGAGUUCAAAUUCCUUAAAUAUUCCAGAGUGAUUCAGCUUGUCCUUUACUAUUUUGGAGUUCCAAAAGCGCAAAUCGUGGAGCCUGGCACGAAUAGGCUAAACUGGAAACUUGCUAAAAAGGCUUUAAAUGAUGAUUUUCUGAAUACCUUAAAACAUAUAAAUCCUUGUGGCCCGAAACCUCCCAAACCUCCAGCAUACGCUAUGACAAAAAAGCUGCAGAAUGAUUUAUGCUUUUUUUCUUUAAUUUUCCCUAAAAUUCAUUAUUUUAUAUAUAAAAUAAAUUUUCUUACAUAAUUAAUAUAGCAAGCUAUAAGUAAUAUUUCUUUUGACGAUGUCCAGCAUUAUUCAUUUCCUUUAUCAUUACUUUACUCAUUUCUCGAUCAAUUGCUUAAAGUCAGGAUUCUAGACGUUUCUAACCGAAGAAGGGACUACAAUAAUAAACAAGAAGAAAGAGAAAACGCCAUAAAACUCGCAGAAGAAUUAGCAGAAAAAAGGAAAAAUGCACUAUUAGAUGCUAAAGAAAGACAUGAAAAAGAUGAAGAAAAUCUUGAAGAAGGGGUAGAAAAAACACCAUUUAAUGAGGCUGAAUUUUUAGCAGAGUUUGAUGAGAGAGAAAGCAAUCAGGUGGUAGAAAUCCCGCCUGAGGUGGUUCCUGAUGAAGAUGGAGAUAUUGGAUGGGAUGAAUAA